ACACCCUAGCCCCACGGUGCCGUGUGAUCCUGCGACGGAGAAAACACAUGCCAGACAGACUUCGACCAUGAAACCUCUCGAGGCCAUUAGAUGUACCCAUCCUGCCUGUCCCUGUGAGUGCUUCGCCCCUGGGAAACAGAGCCUGCGCUACUGUGAGACGUGCAGUCACGGCUGGGUCGCCCAUGCUCUGGACAAACUGGGCACCAACCACGUAAUGAACCUGGGCCUGCAGGUGGAGGUGGUCCAGCCCAACAUAGUGUUUGACAUCGCCAGCCUGAUGCUGUACGGGGCGCACGCCACCCCCGUCCGUCUCAAGAUCCUGCUGGACCGCCUCUUCUCUGUCCUACAGCACGAGGAGGUCCUACAGGUCCUACACGGCUUCGGCUGGACCUACGAGGACUACGCGAGGGGAUAUAUUUUACAGGACAGUUCCGGCCGAGUGCUGGACAAAUGGUGUGUGGCCACUAGAGACGAGGAGAUGGUUGUACUCCAGCAGUUCCUCAGGUUUGGCGAGACCAAGGCCAUCGCUCAGGAGAUCAUCCUCCAAGACACCAAGGACCGUCACGAGGUUCUCGUCAAACAAACCUCCCGCGCCGAGUCAGACAUUAAGAAGUUCAUCGAGCGCAGUAACCUGUCUAUGCAAAGCUACAUCAAAUCUUACGAAUCAACCCGUCAACUGUUCGGGGCACGGGCUGUCCCAUUUAUCCCCCCGGGGCCGAGGUUGUUGACCACGCCUUUGAUAUCCCCAACGUACACCCCAACACGAGACGCCCGGGCUCUUUCUCUACCUCAGACGCCAACCACAUCAUCCACGCCUCUGGUCACCCCGCCGCUGAACCGCCUUCAAGUCAUGCAACCUUUUGACGCCAGGAAAGAACACACGACAGCCGCGAUCAGCUUGAGUCCUGCGGCCUUGGAGAAAACCCUGGCGAGGAGAUCUCCGCUGUGUGAGAGUCCAAAGAACUUGUGCACCACCCCCUCCACGGUGUCUUCAGCUGCAGCAUCACCAUCACACCAAGCGCCACAUCAGCAACAAGGUUUGGAUGAAGUCGACGGAAGUGAUCCUUACAUGUCGGGUUCUGACGACGAGGGAGAGGUACUCGACUACUCCAACAAAGACAACCCCGACUCCCCGUCCGACCCGGAAAAGAAAAACAAACAGCACAUGCGCAAGUCGACGAAUCCCAUCAAGCGGCAGUGGACGCCGUCUGCUAAUUUCGGCAGCACUUUCGUCGGACCCAACGGCAAGAAGCGCGUACUGUGCACGGCCUGUAACAAAACAUUCUGUGAUAAAGGGGCCUUGAAGAUCCACUACAGCGCCGUGCACCUGAAGGAGAUGCACAAGUGCACCGUCGACGGCUGCAACAUGAUGUUCAGCUCCAGAAGAAGCCGGAACCGUCACAGCGCCAACCCCAACCCCAAGCUGCACAUGCCGCAGAAGAGGAAAGACGACCUGGAUCAGUCGGACGAGCUCGACCUUUCAGUGAGUAACGGCAGCGGGAGGAUAACUCCCGUGUCCUCCGCUGUCUCCAUCACGGCUUCGGUCGCCUCCCCCAUCUCAGUCAUCUCCUCGUCAGUCAUCUCCUCCCAAGUCAUCCCCCUUAUCGACCCGCCCCGGAUCAUCCGACCAGACUCGAGUUUCUUCAUCGAAAUGUCCGCGCAGUUCCCCUUCAUGGCGCCGCCCGAGAAAAGAAUCAAACUAGAAGAGGACCAGCCUACCGACCUGAGCAAGGUCUCCACUACCAAUACCAGCCAGUCGGACGAGGAGCCGUGCGACCUGAGGAAAAAAUACGACGGUGAAAGAAAGCUAAAAAUAGAUUUAGACGACGCGGAAGAGAUUAAAAAAGAAGAGGAUGCAGAUGUCGAAGGGUUCAAAAACGACCCGGGGGUGAGAGGGGGAAACCGGAGGAAAAACACGGCCCCUACGAGGUGCGCACAAAGCGGGGAAGAUAACGAAGAUAAGGGGGACGAGGGCGCCGAGAACAGCAGUCACGUGACCAAUUUAUCGCUCGAGGGCAGCGGAGCGAAAAACUUUCCCAAAAUAGCAUCCCUGCUGUGGGCGGGGGGCGUCAACGUGGAACAAGCCCAGCGGGCCGACUGCCAUGAGCUCGACACGCCGGACCACAAACUGUGGGCUGCGAACCUAUCCAAAGACGAGGACAGCCAAGGUGAAGGUCGGGAUUCCGACGGCGACGACGAAGACGACGAUUCGGACAGGGACUCGUGCGAGGAGUCGGGUGACGUCAUGCAGGACUACCCAGCCGAGAUGUACGUCGACAAGGACAACCCACUCAAGUGUAAAAUCUGUGGGAAAAUUUUCCAGAACAGCUUCACGGUGAAGAUCCACUUCAAGAACGUCCACCUCAAGCUUCUGCACUCCUGCACUGUUGAAGGCUGCGGCGCGACGUUUCCCUCCAAGAGAAGCCGAGACCGUCACAGCGCCAACAUCAACCUCCAUCGGAAACUUCUCUCCGGCGACAGCAACAACGACGAGGAGAUGGACGCGGCUCUCAAAGGCAACAUCCUCGCCAAGCUCUACGGCCGCGACCUCGUCGACAGCAACCCACCCGCAGACGCCAACGUCAGGAAACAACCACCCUUCACCCCCGACCAAAAAUUAGCCAGUAACAACAACAACGAGCCCAUCAAACCCACCGCCAGUCCCAUCAACGGACACACCAGCAAGCCGGGGUCAGCCGGAUCCGAGGUGCUCUCCGCGAGCGAUGCGGAGAGUCUGGACAUGACGGAGCAGGAGACGGUGCUGUGUACGGUCUGCGGGGACAAGUUCAGCACCCCGCUGGUGCUACAGGAGCACAUCGCUCUCUCGCACCCUGACCACGCCCUAAUCACCUACGAUCCGGUCGUUUUGAGAAAAUGUGUUUCGCCCAGACGAAUCAGAAACCGACAGAAGAUUCGAAACGGGAUGAUCACUCGAAAAACAAGCAGCCUUUGAACAUGUAGAAAAUCAUGUUGCUAUGAUGUUUCCCUUGGAUUUAAGACAGAA